CCCCCCGCAGCCCCGGGAACCAAGUAAUCCCCAUCGAUGAGGAGGAGGAGGAGGAAGAGAAGACAAAAGGGGAUUUCAGCUCUAAAGUGACAGCAAGGGAAAGGAGACGCCGCAGCCCAGGGAGAGAGAAGCUGAGGCAGAGCAGAGCGGCAGGUCCCCCGCAGGCACCCACCCGGCGGCAGGGCCCCAGGAAGGGGGAACCCGCCACGCACACACGCCCUCCAGCUGUUGGCUUGCUCUCUUCUGCCUUUGAUGCCAUGGGUAACAGCUUCUCCAGCAUCCCUGCACUGCCCAGAGGCAACCAGAGCAGAUUCCACAGGGUCCACCUGAAAGACUCUAUAGGUGGACCGUUCCCGGCUUCCUCUCACCGAUGCCACCACAAGCAGAAGCAUUGUCUUCCCAUCACGCAGUGUGGAGCUUUGUCAAUCAGCCCGCUACUUUUCCAUCCCCAUGCCAAGGGGUCCCAGAUCAUCAUGGACACGGCACAGAAGGCAGUGAAGCGGCAAGCCAGCUUCUGCAACGCCAUUACCUUCAGCAACAGGCCUAUCGUGAUCUACGAGCAGGUCAGGUUAAAGAUAACAAAGAAGCAGUGUUGCUGGAGUGGGGCUCUCCGCCUCGGAUUUACUUCCAAGGAUCCCUCCCGGAUUAAUCCUGACACAUUGCCAAAGUAUGCUUGCCCGGACUUGGUUUCUCAGAGUGGAUUCUGGGCCAAGGCCCUUCCAGAAGAGUUUGCAAAUGAAGGAAACAUCAUAGCAUUCUGGGUGGACAAAAAGGGCCGGGUGUUUUAUCGGGUCAAUGACUCUGCUGCAAUGUUGUUCUUCAGUGGGGUGAGGAUCACGGAACCCCUGUGGGCUUUGAUUGACGUGUACGGACUCACCCGUGGGGUGCAGCUAUUAGACAGUGAAAUUAUUCCUCCCGACUGCCUGCGUCCGAGAUCUUUCACUGCAAUUCGCCGGCCCUCGCUGCGCAGGGAGACAGAGGAUACCCGGCUCUCCGUGAGCCUCUGCGACCUCAACCUCCAGGAAGAGAACUUCCAUGUGCUGGCCACCAUGUGUCCCAUCCCUCAGAACUCCCUCAAUUCUCAGCAUUCCCAUCUCUUCCCAUCCCAGCUCGAAAGUGACCUCCGCUUCCACCAGCUCAGGGGAGCCCAUAUCAAAAUCCUGGAUGACCAAACUGUGGCCCGGCUGGAACACGCCCGGGAAGAGAGGACUUUGGUUUUCACCAGCAGACCACUUAGAAUCAAUGAAACCAUUUUUGUCAAAAUUAACAAAUCAAAUGCCUCCCGUUCCGGCACAUUGUCAUACGGAGUGACCUCUUGUGACCCUAGCACUCUGAGGCCCAGUGACCUGCCUUAUAACCCAGAAUCACUGGUUGACAGGAAGGAAUUCUGGGCAGUCUGUAGAAUCUUGGUGCCCCUCCAGAGUGGAGACAUCUUGGGGUUUAUGGUGAACUCGGAAGGCGAACUGCAUUUGAGCCAUAAUGGUACCAGCGCCGGCAUGCAGGUCUGCGUGGACUGUUCCCAGCCCCUCUGGAUGUUCUUUGGUUUACAUGGAGCAGUUAUGCAAAUUCGAGUAUUGGGUUCCACCAUACUGGCUGAGAGACUGGGCCCAUCUACACCGAGCUCUCCCACUUCAGCCCCAAAUUCCCCCACGGGUCUCUGCAGCGGGGUUUCUGAUCCAAUACUGAGUACGUGUGGCUCCGGUCGGCUCUGCAGCUCCAUCAAUGGCACAGCUCCAAACUCCCCGGUCAGCAUGCCGGAGUCACCCAUCUCCCCAUCUGGCUCAGGGGUCUGGGGGGACGAGUGCACCAUCUGCUACGAGAACAUGGUAGAUACCGUCAUUUACUCCUGCGGACACAUGUGUCUCUGCUACCCGUGUGGGCUGAAACUCAAGAAGAUGGCCAACGCCUGCUGCCCGAUCUGCAGACGGGCCAUCAAGGAUAUCAUCAAAACAUAUCGCAGCACUUAGAACAGCAGUAUGGA